AACUGACUUUAAAAAAACAAAAGUGGAGGUCAGGAGCAGAGCCUCAGAGCAACGGCGUUCAGAAAUGUCGUUCUUCAGGCUGCGAAAGAAAACCUUUCCUUGGUAACUGAAUGCUAAUGAUGUGAAUUUCCUCUUCUUGACUUACAUCCAAGGGUCCUUAAGCCCUUGUCUUCAUUGACUCAUCUUCAGGCAAAUUCUAAUCCUUGGGAAUGUGGCUGCAACCUUUGGGGCCUUCGAGACUGGCUAGCGUCUUCAGCCAUUGCUCUAAACAUCUCUAGUCAGAAUCUCCCAUCCGUGCGUGGCAGAGCACUGCGUCCCGUUAAUCCGACUGACAUUACAGAUUGCACUGCAUCUCCCACAGCAGUACCCGGAGCUGAGGCUGUGCGUGUCAUCACACUCGUCACCAGAGGACUGCGUUAAUGAUGGCCUGGCAUAAAGUAACCACAAGUGGGAAACAUUUGGAAAAUGCUGAAACUGAGAGCGUUACUUUCUGGGAGCAAAUUCAUACUUCACCUGCCAGUAGAUCUUUUCCAGAGAAUACCUUUGGUGGUCCAUUAGAGACUACUGCAGGGUUACCUGUUCAGAUACAGCUGACAUCCUCUGUUAACUUGAACUUGGAAAAACACAGUGCCCUACCGACAGACACAGCUUCUGUGUCAGGAAAAACAUCUCUGAUUUGUAUACAAGAAGUUGAAAAGUUGAAUGAGGCUUUUGACAUUUUGCUAGCUUUUUUCAUUUUAGCUUGUGUUUUAAUCAUUUUUCUCAUCUACAAAGUUGUUCAGUUUAAGCAUAAAUUAACACCACAAGAAAACUCAGGGGAAAAUAGACUUGAAUACUACAGCUUUUAUCAGUCAGCCAAAUAUAAUGUAACUGCUUCAAUUUAUAACCCUUCCCCGAAUUCUCUCCAAAACCCUGGUCAGGAGCAGAUUCAGCUUAAUAAACCAGUUGUUUCUGAAAGUGAGGCACAGGUCAUUCUAUUUGAACAUUCUGCUUUGUAGUUGAGCUACACAGUGACUCUAAGAGAAUGUCUUUUUUUUUUUUUUUUUCCUCAAGUGCUAUGGAUGUCAGUAAAACUGAAGCCUCUAAAUAGAAUUAUAUACUUGGGAAUUGUAUGCUUGGAAAUAUGCAUUAUAUGAGCUUUGGCAUAAUUAAAAAUUAUAUAUUUUUAAAUUUGUGAAUAGUGUAUUCAUUCAGCAAAUAUUUACUUUGAUAGGCCUUAAGGAGUAGUGGCCCAUGUUUUUGUGUGCCAAG